AGCUUUGGUGAACGAAGAUUCUAGUCUUUUUUAUAUCAUUUAAAUGAAAAAAUAAAUAAAUUGCCAAGCUUGAUCCUACUUUGAUUACAUUGCUUAUUAGCUGGUUGUACAUUUCAAAAUUCCAAAGCAAAUUCCUUGCAGUUAUUGUAAAGUAUAACAAAAGCAGGCUUACCACCAGUAACAACACGACUAAUGAGAAUAUACAUGCUCCCAUCAACAAACACAUGCCACUUGAAGAUGCCUUAUUUACAAGUCAAAAAAGCAUAUUCUAUUGAUAUUGAAAAACAAAUAAGCGUAGUACUGUUUCUAAAAAGCAAAUGUAUUCAAAUGAGCAAUCUGCUACUUCUACUACAAGUGUUAACUAUAGUCAAGUAUAGUAGUAAAUAUGCUUCGUCUCAAAGCUAACCAAUUCAGUCACCUUGUUACAUUGCAACACACACAAAUAGCUCAAUUCAAAAGACAGACAUAUGACUUCUCUUCUUUAGAUGAAUUCAAAGAGCUUGACAACAUUAAUCCUAGUUGUCGUAUUUACCCUAUAAAUGCUUAAACUCAUCGUACAAAGAGACUGACAACAAUAC